AUGUUAAUUUGUCAUUCCCCAAACAUUAGCAUAUCAGGGAAUGAUUAUUUCAGCAGUAAGAGUAUAGCCAGUAGUGCUGCCUGUUCGCCUAUGUCGGGCGGCGGGAAAGCAAAAAUUUUAUUAAACUCAAAUCGAAGUAGAGACGCAAGCUCUGCACAGGCCGUGAGAGGGGAUUUAAGUAUAAACAACACCGAGAAUGGAGAUAGCGACAACGACACAGAAUUGGACGAUGAUGAGAAUGAGAGACGACCACAACCCUUUUUCGCAAAACUCAACUUACCUAAACAAGAUGUACCUCUUCCACCAGUCUUUGUCACUUCUCCUUCAAAACCACCCACCACUCACAAAAAUCUUGUGACGCAUUCUUAUUCACCCGAAGGUGCUCUAAAAACAUCACCGGACAGUAUACUAGGACUCUCGUCUACCGAGAAAACUCCCCAAUUAUCCCCAACCACGUCGGCAGAAAGUGAUAGAUUAUUGGCUGAUAGAAGAGGUUCAGAAGCAUCCUUGUUGAUAACAGACGGGGCGGAAUUACCUUCGAGUCCGCCGCCGCGACCACCAUUGUCUGUAGAGGAGGAGAUUAAACUCGCGCCGAAUCCACCGAUGACCAUUCCAAAGCCCAAGCCAAUAUCCACUUUAACUGCGCUGAUCGCCGAAAAAAAGAAUAAAUUAGACAAUCCUUUUGCCGAGGACUACAGUUUCUUUGCCGGAAAGGGUGAUCUCAAUCCAAUAACACGAAAGAUUUAUCUUCCGUUUAGCACCGAACCAACACGGCCGAUGAUCAUAGUCGUGAAAAGAGAUGCCAGCGUGGAAGAGACGAUCGGAUACACGUUAUACCAAUAUUGGGAUGAGAAGAGGGAACCACUGUUAGAUCAAAAGUUAUGUGAUGUGGUACAAUGGAACAUGAGAAUUGUCGAAGAUGACGGCGAAAUUGACGAGGAUUUUCCUGCUCUGGAGAGAAGGCAGAAAAUAUCAAAAUUUUCAUUUGACCAAUUUGCAUUAUGCAAGGCGACCCCUGCACAAGUCAGGCAAAAUGAAGCAGUCUCCACCAAAACAAGACCACCGGCAAAAGAAUCUUUCGUGAUUCCACCGUCUGUGAAUACAGAUGGGACGGUCAUUAACUCAGAAUCCAAUAUUACUAAUUUGGCAAACGGUCCCAGUAUAUCCGGAACUUCGUCUACGAUAGACAUUUCCAAUCAAAUAUUCUUGCGAAUUCGACUCAAUCUCACUCCCUAUGAGGAGGUUUCACACACGACGACAAUAAAUGUCUCCUCUGAAAUGCCCUUUCAGGAAGUUUUGGAAAUGAUUUGUCGCAAACGCAAACUGGACAGUAACAAAUAUACUUUUAAGAUUGCGGACACUGAAAAAUACAUAAAUUUGGAGAAGGCGGUGGAAAGUGUGGGGAAUGCCAAUGAGCUUGCUCUAGUGGAGAGGCCUCUUAAUGCCACGGCUUCUAUGAUUCCCGAUGUGCCACCAAGUCCAACAAGUGUUAAGGAGCGAAGUCUUGUGAAGCGAAGGACACUUAACGAACCUCAACCUCCAUAUGUGUCCUUAAAUGAGUAUAUGUCAGUUUAUAAGAAAUAUACCGUCAAUCGCAAAACACCAAUGUUUGUUGGACGUCACGAACGUGUACUGGCGAUCGACGGAGAUUAUAUACACAUAAUGCCGUCGGAAACAAGGACCAUGUUUGAGUCUAUGAAGACGUCUUCUUAUCAUAUUGGGAGCGUAAUGUCUUGUAAGGUGGAUAAGAAGGCGCCCACAAAUUUCAAACUAAUUAUAAAUCGAAAUCAGGGAACAAAGACGUAUGAUUUCGAAGCCGAAUCGAAGACUUUAGCUAAUGAAAUCAGUCAAAAGGUUCGCUUCCUCCAAAACCUCAAUAAAGGCGAAUCAAAAGCACGUUCACAUGUUAAAUAUUAG